GACAGACGCAAGCAGCGUGCUGCGAGCAAAGGGCCAAGAUUGCAAAAAGGAGCAAAGAAGGCAGUGAUGAAAGCAGUUGCUGCCCUCGACGGCAAAGCCACGAUAAGGCAAGUCAAAGCAUAUAUGCGAAAGCAUCCCCACAUAGCGGACCCUUCCAGCAUGGAGCGCAGCAUUCACUCCUUGAGAAUUGACAAGUAUUGCGAACGGAUUGGGCAGAAUCAAGAUGGAGAGGAUGUGUAUGCUGCACCCACUGAGCCGAAUCCCAAGGGCGUCCGACGUGACAAGAGAGGCUUCCACGCAAAGAUGAACCUUUCAAAGGCCGAAGCCACUUGCCUCGGGCCAUUGCGGGCAAAGGCUGAGGACGCAAAGAAGGACUAUGACCGGCUGCGUGCGUGGCGCGCGACCAUGCCACAUGAUGAAGUGGUUGCGCAUGUACGCGCAUGGAAUGGAGCACAUGUGACCAAGUAUUCGAACUCUCGCAUCGCUCCUCGCAAAAGG